UUUGAAACUUUUGUGCACAGUUGGAAGGGCAGAGUAACAAGGAUGCAGUAGUUGCCAUAUCAGAGCAACAGAAGGUGCUGAGCCCUCGAGGACCAGUGUUGUCAGCUGAGAUUGAUUACAGCGAUGACGUACAGAACUUGGUUGUGUCUCCCAGUAUCAUUGACUGCAACGCGGCAUCCGCAGUUCAAUCCGGUUCGCUUGUUUUGUCAAAUCAAACAGAAGUACGCUCACCACGUUCCGAGGUACUGUCCACCCAGGCUCUGUCCUGUGAUAGCCCAAAUGAUUCUGAUCUCGCGGCGGUAGUGGACAAGCUUGAAGAAAUCUCCCUGGCCUCAGCCGAUGUCCAGGUUGAAGAUGUAGCUCCUGAUGAGAGCCCUGAAUACCGAUAUGUGUCGGAGACUGAUACGGAGCAGAUACCCAUUCGCCAUGAAGGUGCAGUGCUUUUCAUGGAAGGAGGAAAAGUUGAGUUUCUUGCCGGGACAGUGAGUGAAACCCUGCACAUAUCGCCACCUGUCCACAUGAUGUUCCAAGGCACGCUACCAAGUGAACAUGGUGAUGGAGUUACGCUACAUAGUGUGAUGGCGUUUGGAUCGCAUGAAGCUAAAUUUCGAAGACCAGUGCAGGUGGAAAUUGAUGUACCUCAUAUUGCUGAGACUGAUCAGAUCUAUCUUGUUCAUUUUCCUGGCAAAACAUCAGAGUCAGCUGAAGAUAGUGGUUCUGGUGAAAGUACACAGCUACCCACGUCGCGUAAGUGCUGCACCGUGGUUCAUGUAGGCAACUCAACGUGGACAAUGACCAAGUUACCUGACGGCGAACCUUUCGAAACACCAGCCAAGCAGGUCGACCGGAAUGCCACCUUGGACAGACCUGAAGAAGACGAAUGCCCGUAUUCAGGUAUAACUGUGGACUAUCAACAGAAGAAGAUCUGUUACAGCAAGAAGCACUUCUGCCAUGAUGUCGUCUACACAUGCGGAGAAGAGCUGAGCCCGGAGCAAAUCAGGAUGCUGCCGUGCACGGACAAGAUCAAGGCCUGCCGCGUGUGGGUCUACGGCGAGAAGACGGAAGACAGAGAUCCAGCGCACCUGCACAUCAAGGCCAUUCCUGCCUACGGACCAUUCCUGGCACCGCCUCCGAAGGUGCUGUCGCCGCCAGAUAGAAUGUCCGAGCUGGCGUGCUCGCGGAAUUAUUUCCUGCUCAAAGAAGGUGAUUCGAUCUCGUACAAGUUCACGGUGCGCCCGGGAAGGGACUGGCAACCCGCCUGUGUGGAAAAUCCGCCAACAUUCUACAAGAUUGAGUCAUCUGCUUGUUUCGAGUCUCGCGAGGGCACUGGAUGGAGUGGUAGUUAUGGACCGCAAGGCAAUAUUGAAUGCCGCUGCUGUACCGACCAAGGAAACAUGGGAAAUGUCCUAAAUGGCAAGCAGAAUGGCGCUGGAGCAGAAUCGGGUACGGACGACAAGCUGAAGGUCGUCAAGUGCCACGCCAUUCCGAUAACAUUCACAUACCGGAGGUCUCUACCCGGAGUGCCUGACGAAGGACCCCCCCGCCUGCCAAUCUCCGAAGCAUCUGCUGCGACGAGACUCUCUAACGGACGGGCUACUACUACUAUCCCCGACGACAUGCUCGACCCUUUCGAAUCGGACGUGUUUGUCACCAGACUUCAGCCAUGGAUUAAGAAGCUGGAUGCAACUGGACUUGCAGAGGAAAUGCAGGUACUGGGAAUGUUCACAAUGAAUCAGGUGACUCGACUCAAUGCAAUAGAGAAGAAGGAUGGAGGACCAGCUCAUAACGCGGAGUUGCUGAAGAUGAUUGUUGGUGAGGAACUCGACGGAUUCGUGAAGCUAUUCAAAGCAGUCAAGGCCAUCACCAAGAACACUGGCAAGCUAGAACUGAUGAAGUCACUCAUUCCUGACGGAUAUAUGGAGUGUGAGCAGUGAAUACAAUGGCGGACUCACCUAAGCAGCACUGCGGGAGUCGGUUUUCGACAGUGAUGACUUCAGCAUCGCCAUCAAGCGCAUUGUGUAUGGAGUGACUGUCCUGGUGGUCCUUCUUUAUGGAUCUGAGAGUUGGACCGUCAGGCAGCGUGAUGUCCGUCGCCUGGAGUCCUUUCACCUGCAGUGCGUCCGCUCCAUCCUGAAGAUAAAUCGUGGCCGGCAGAUCGAGGAGCACAUCUCCUCUCUCCAGGUUCGCGGGAUGUGGGGCGAUAUGGAGGAGAUCGCGGAUAAAGUCAGAGUCCGCCGACUUCGAUGGCUUGGCCACGUGUCCCGCAUGCAAGAUCGGAUCCCUCGUCAGCUGCUGUACGGCGCGUUACCCUCCAAACGUCCACCGCAUGGACCCCGUAAGCGCUGGAAGGACUCCGCGAAGUGCGACUUGAUGGCUGUUGGCGUUCCUCUGGAGCAGCUUGGUGACAUCUUCCAAGAUCGACAGAGAUGGUGGGUCACCUGCCGUGACGCUGUCGACGCUAUUGUCCAGUCCCGCAUGGAGCCUGUGGCGAAGCCCCUCAGUUGUGGCACUUGUGCGCGCAGUUUUCGUCGGCCACAGGAUUUUGCGAGGCACAAAUGUAACGCUGUUCGCGCGGCCUGCGCGCACUGAGUAUGGCGUUCCCCGCCCGGUGGACUACACGUCUCCUGGUCUGCCCCGUAUGGGGCCACAUAGCCAGUCAUGGCAGUGGAAGAAGGAAGGAAGGAAGGUGUGUGUACGUGCACACACGCAUAUUAAGUGUGUGUAUGCGUGUGUGUAUGUGUGUGUGUGUGUGUGUGUAUGUGUGUGUGUGUGUGUGUGUGUGUGUGUGUGUGUGUGUGUGUGUGUGCAUGUGUGUGUGCGUAUGUGUGUAUGUUUGCCCGGCCCGCGCACGCAUGUUUUAGAGAGAGAGAGAGAGAGGCUAGAUUUCCCCAGCUAUUUUGAGCUCCGUUUUUUUCUGUUUUUAAAGAUCACAACACGUUGGAAAAUGAAUGUGCUCCCCCUCCACCCCCCACACACGCACUAUGGUCCCUAAAUUCCUGGCAGAUUUGUAUUUUUUUCUAAUGCUUUCUGCUCGAUACCAGACAUUGUCUUGGACGCUAUAGAAUUAGCACUUCAUGUCUUACUAGUAUUAGUAUUAGUAGUGACCGACAGACUCGGUGCCCAGA